GGCUACUUUAGCAUAACACUUUAAGCAAUGAUUUGUCUGAUUACCAUCGUACACCUGCCUUAGAACGAGUUUAGAUCCCUUGGUAAUAAUGAUUAAUGAUUAGUAAUUAUUACUUAGGGGUAUGAGACUUAUUAGUGUGGGAAGUAUGUAGUUGCGCGGGCAAUACCCCGCCUUUUAUAUUAAUACCCAACGGGUGCACACAUAUUCGAGGCCAUCAUCGCGCAGAUAUUAGGAGAAACAAGAUCUGUGAAGCCCGAGUGUCUCAAAGAUAUCCGACUUAAAAAUCCAGGAACGCCCCGUUAACCUUAGCAUGCUCGUCAGGUAUCCGGCAACAAGUGCUUAAUACAAUCUUCUACGUUUGAAGCAUGCUAUUUUCCAAGUUUCCCUAUCCUUUUCAGUCAAUCUAGUACCUACAGGCACCUAAUUAGAUAGACAUACAGUACAUUCUAAAGUUCGUUAGAGCGGCCAAUAUGUCAUCUCUAAAGACUUUCACACUCUUUCCACGCUUGCCGCCCGAGAUACGUUUGGCGAUUUGGAACCUUUCUAUUGUUGCGUGUCUCUCCGACCCAGCUAUAUGCGUGUAUAGACCUGCAGUAUUAAUACGGUCCUCUGAGAGGGUGUUUCCCACCAGCCGUGAGAUUUCGUUACCGAUGCCGGUCUUUAUGCAAAUUUGUCAAGAGUCUCGGUCCGCUAUGCAAAAAUCAACCAUUGCCGUGUUUGAUAUCGACCAAAAUGGGGCUUGGCUUAAUUCUCGCCGCAAAUUCUGCCCCGACGUUGAUAUUCUCUGCGUUGGAUUCUUUGAGCUUUUUUGCAUAACCGGACACAACGCAAUACGAUUCAUCGGGCCAAACGUUCACCGUUCGGUACAGAGGGAACAGUCCCUUACGGACUGUAAACAAGGGCCGCUCCGUUGUGGCGCUUGUGACGAUAGCCGUAAUGGAUUCAGAUCAAGAUUGUUUGCCAAAAUUUGGCAUUUGAAUGAAACAGUUCCGAUGGGGUUGAGAGGGGCUCCAGAGCUUUUAUUUCUUUUUUGUCCAGUCGCCAAAGAACAUGGCUCCGCUAGACGGACCGCAAUAUUGUCGGUCACAGCGUUGCCAAAAUCUUGCUUGUUCAAGAAGAUGUCUAGAGACCCUACGUUGAUUAUUGGCGGGGAUGACUCGGAGUGGCAGUUCGCUGUCCCCGAUUUUGAAUUCUUUGUUCUUCCACGAGGGCGCUGGCCUGCCUAAUUCACUAGUAUCCCUUUCGGCUUCUUUUAUUCAUAGAUGCCUACGUAUUUAGGUAACUUUGGAAUUAUUAUCUAGUUAUCUCUUCGUAGCUGGGGCCAAUAUUCAUGCGUCAAAUAUGUCUCUAUGGAGAAUAUGAAUAGGAGUUUCCCAAUAGACAGCCAGUUGCGACUCCUGCGUGGCUCAAUGACACA